GUUGGGGAUUGUUUUUUUUUAAUUACUGGUUUCUAUAAAAAUUCUUCAUUUAUUUUGGAACAUUUCAUUUGUACAGAUUUACACAUUUUGGGAGCUUAAUCGCUUAAAAUACUGUUUAAUAUUAAAUUCACAACACUGUUACAGUUACGCCUUGGCGGGACGGCCUGCCUCAUACCAAUAUUCACUUAACCACUCGAAAUGUAGAAUAACCUAAUCUUGGCCCACCCAGACUACUAGAAUGGCUACUGAGAUGCUAGUGUUCUGUCCUAGCUUUGUGAUAUUAAUUUGUAUGCAUUCCAGUUUUAAUAAUCUUAGAAUCAGACGAUAUGGCCUCCAGGUCUUUUUUAUUCAAACUACUAGUUCGGUGUGCAGUAAGUCUUUAUGCUCUAAUACUCGGAAGUUUUGGAGUGUGGGAGGCGGGCUUUAGCUAGAGCCACCGCCUCCUUGAUACGUGGCUUCAAUCAGGUCGUCUUUGCGCACAUAGAUACGCGCUGUUACGCAACUGGAGGUCAUUAUUUGUCGUAGAGAAGUUUUAUCGGCUUGUGUAAAGAAAAAUGAGUGGUCGAGGAAAAGGUGGGAAAGGUCUUGGGAAAGGAGGCGCCAAGCGUCAUCGCAAAGUUCUUCGUGAUAAUAUCCAAGGUAUCACUAAGCCAGCUAUUCGUCGUUUGGCUCGCCGUGGAGGAGUCAAGCGUAUUUCUGGUCUCAUCUACGAAGAGACCCGAGGAGUGCUAAAGGUGUUUCUGGAGAAUGUUAUUCGCGAUGCAGUCACCUACACCGAGCACGCCAAGAGAAAGACCGUCACCGCUAUGGAUGUGGUUUAUGCCCUAAAGCGUCAGGGUCGCACUCUGUACGGCUUUGGUGGGUAAACCUGUAUUUCAGAAAUGCGUUUUGCAUCUACCCAAAGGCUCUUUUAAGAGCCGCCCAUAUUCUCUAUUGAAAGCAGCAUUUCCUCGUUAUUGUCGAGCUUAUUUUUUUAUUAAUCUGUAUUGACCUUGUAAUGGCAGUGCCUAUUGGUUUGGUUGUAUGUUGUGAAUUGGGGAGUGGGAAACCCAGCAAGGCCCAGUCUCCCCCCCCUCACAGGAAGAUGCAGCCCCCCCACCCCCACCAGGGACAGUUCCAUGGGAUCUCAUGGCAGCCCCCCACAGAACUGCACACCCAAGGAGGCAAAGUCAACUCUGGCCUCUCACUCCAGUCAGACAAAGGACAUGGCCCCAACCUUCUGUGGACUCCCCUGCUUUCUUGAUGGGAAUCUCUGAUGGGUGCGCAGGCAAAAUGGGAGCCGCCUCCGAUGGCUCCCAGGACACAGGAGGGGGAUUUAUGACCAUCCACACCUCUCUGCACAGUGACUUUUGGAGUGGGGAGAGGGAACCCAGAGUAGAUGGAGGAUCCAGCCCUGUCACCAUCAGCUUCCCUUCUGUUUCUGUCAAUCCUGGACCAACUGCAGUCACAAUAAUAAAUACAUUUCGUGCUGCAA